AUGGUCGCAACUGCCUUUUGGCGCUGUCAAGAAGCCGUUGAGGGGUGCAAAAACCCGCUGGGAUGUGCACACCGGCUUCUCGUCACGUUCACCAAGCCACUGCAAGAAGUCGAAGUUGGGCAGGGAGGUGUGUUUUUCUCCAGCGGUUUGGUGAAGCCGCUGCACCAAAAGCCGCUCCAGCACUUAGAAUUUUCAGCAGAACUUCUGCACCGGCUUUUCGCCAUGACGCCAGGCCGCUGGAUGACCAUUUGGCCGCUGUGUGAUGUGCAUCGGCUUCCUGCAAGGUCAAAAUGCCGCUGCCUGUCACAUGAAGCCGCUGGGACACUUGGUCAUCACGCCAUGAACUCGAAAAACACCAAUCUUGCCUCCAAUCCACCUCCAAUUGCUCCAAAAAAAACACAAGAUAUCAUCCAGUUCGAGACGGAGGUGGUUCGAGUGGAGCCGGCGGAGGAGAAAUGGAGAGUUACUUACAGAAACUCAAGAGGUGUCUCCGGUGAGGAAACUUUCGAUGCAGUUGUUGUUUGCAAUGGGCACUUCACUGAGCCUCGUCUUGCUCAUAUUCCUGGUAUAGAUUCAUGGCCAGGGAAGCAAAUCCAUAGCCACAAUUAUCGGAUUCCAGUCCCAUUCAAAGAUCAAGUGGUGGUAGUGAUAGGAAGCCAAUCCAGUGGAAACGACAUUAGCAAGGACAUAGCAACAAUGGCCAAAGAAGUCCACGUCUCGUCGAAAGCUAUUUCGUCCAAUUCUUACGUGGAGUACACCGGUCAAAAAAAUCUACGGAUUCAUCCCACGAUAUACCGCGCCUGCGAGGAUGGUUCAGUGGUGUUUAGAAACGGGAGAGCUGUUUAUGCUGAUGUCAUAGUUCAUUGCACUGGUUACAAGUACCAUUUCCCGUUUCUUGAAACCAACGGUUAUGUGACCGUCGAGGAUAAUCGUGUUGGACCGCUUUACAAGCAUGUUUUCCCGCCCGCGCUUGCUCCUGGGAUCUCCUUUAUCGGUUUACCUUUCAUGGGGCUUCAGUUCUUUAUGUUUGAAAUGCAAAGCAAGUGGGUAGCUUCAGUUCUGUCUGGACGGGUUAAGCUUCCUUCGGAGGAUAAGAUGAUGGAAGACGCAGUAGCUUUCUAUGGGAAGCUUGAAGCCUUGGGGAUUCCCAAGAGAUAUACACAUUUUCUAACUGAUCCUCGAGGGAAUCCAAUGCUCGGGACAUUUAAUCCACAUGAUGCGGCUGUGAUCUCUCAAAGCGAUUACUUCAAUGGGAUCGCAGAACAUUGUGGUUGCCCGUCCAUAGAAAGUUGGAGAGAGCGACAAUACAAUGUUGCCAUCAAGAAACUUUUCUUUGGUGGCGACAGUUAUCGUGAUCAAUGGGAUGAUGAUCAACUUAUCGAAGAAGUGUACCGCGAAUUCGCAAAAUUAAAUGCAAACCAAGAUCUUUCUUCUUGAGAUGAUUGAAAUGUGACGAAGGAAACACAUUUAGAAAAUUACAUUUGUAGCAUAUCUAUCUUAUUAAAACAGAAACAUUACAACUUACUCUA